AUGUCGCACCAGGUGUCCCGCGCAGCCGUCAUCGGCGCAGGCCAGAUGGGCCUCGGCAUCGCCUACGUGACCGCGCUCUUUGCCAAGAUCCCCGUCGGGCUGCACGACCCCUCAUCGAACGGGCUCAAGCGCGCGAUGGAGAACCUCGACAAGAUCUUUGCGCGUGACGUCGCCAAGAACCGUUUCUCGCAGGAGGACAUUGACGCCGCUCGCGCGCGCAUCUCGCCUAUCCAGGGCGAUGGGACGGACGCCAACGGUGGCACUGUGGUGCACGCGGACACGGACAUUGUGAUUGAGGCCAUUCCCGAGAUCACCGACCUCAAGCUCGGCCUCAUGCACCGCCUCGCGACGUGCCUCCCCGCACCCGCGAUCCUCGGCACCAACACGUCGUCCAUCUCGAUCACGCGCCUGGCUGCGGCCGCUUCGCAGGCGGACGACGGCGGCGAGUCGAGCGGCCGUGUCGUCGGCGUCCACUUCUUCAACCCCGUCAACAUGAUGAAGCUGUGCGAGGUCAUUCCCGCGACGCAGACCACGUCCGAGACGCUCCGCCGCGCCAAGGCGUUCGGCGAGGCGUGCGGCAAGACCGUCGCCGUGUCGUCAGACAACCCGGGCUUCAUCUCCAACGCCAUCCUCAUGCCCAUGAUCAACGAGGCUAUCAUGCUCCUCGAGCGUGGCGUCGCUACCAAGGAGGACAUUGACACGACGUUCAAGCUCGGCAUGGGCCACCCCAUGGGCCCGCUAACCCUCGCCGACCUCAUCGGCCUCGACACGUGCCUCAAUAUCCAGAACGUGCUCUACAACGAGUCGAGCGACUCCAAGUACCGCCCCGCCACGCUGCUCAAGCGCAUGGUCGACGCGGGUUACUACGGACGCAAGAGUGGUAGGGGAUUCUACACGUAUUAA